AUGGCCGACAGGUGUUCGCUGAACCGGUGCCGCACGUUCUCCAAUCUCGGGACAAACUUUCUUCCCUGCCCUGGACUCACCCAAGCCAGGCCCAGGAACGUGUGGAAUACAGGCCAACGUAAGACAAACUCAGAGAGCCAGCAGCCUCCCGCGGGGGAAGGCCCGCCAAGGUUUCAACCGCACCGGACAACAACAGUGAAGAAGCCGUGCCGGGCGGGUCAGGAUCCCGCUGCCAGGGCGGGAAACGAACACCGAGACCCUUCGCCGCAGCCGCCAUGUGCCGCCGCCACUCCAUCUCGAAGGUCUCUCCGCCUCGGUGAGCUAAGGAGGAGAAAGACUACGAACCCCAUAGUGCCCUGCGCGUCGACCGGCUCCAGCGGCCCGUCCUGCGCGCCGGAUGUGGAGUCGGGAGUGGUAGUCUUCGCCCGAAGUAGCGCCGCUACUCCUGUUAGGCAGGGUGUCUCGCCCGGGAGAUUCCCCCAUUGGCAGAUACUUUUGCCCUGUUUUUCGUCCUGUGCUCUGACUUCAUGCCAAAAGCAGGCCUUCAGACCCCUAGGGUGCUUGCCGUUAGAACUUAAUCAUCAUGUUGUGAAGAAACCCAAACCACAUGGAAAGUCUGCUAACCAGAAGCAAUCAUCAACUGCUUUCAUAUCAAAAAAGGACUCUGCAGAUGGGAUUACAUUGUGGCUCCAGAGAUGGGAGAUUAUCUGCAUCAUUCAGGUCACUCUCCCGUCAUAGCUUCCAGACCAAGCUAGAGGGGAAAUCACCUGACUGAUGAAGAAAUGGAAGGAGAGCUUUGUGAACCUUGGAGGUGGUCCUAAUUGCAAGACCAGCUGGAAAAGAUAGCCCAAAAUAAAUUUCAGUCGUACAGGAAUUGAAAAGAAAAGGAUACCUUCCUUCCCCAAUGUGGAAUUUUCUGCUAAUUUAUUGUAACAUCAUCAUGUCCUUAAAGCAUCAAAUAUGAUGGCCAAAUUAUAUUCAGCAGUGUCUUAGGCAACAACCACAUAUGUAAACUAUAGACGAUGAUAUCAUUGGUGACUCAAUAUAAUUAUAC